UUCAUUCGCAUUGGGUCAAAGGAGGCUGCAUAAUUUUCUAAGAUUUCCCUACCUUGAAUCUUCUUGAGCAUCCAACCUAUGUCCCAUAUCAUUCAUAUAAAGAGUCUGAGUGUUCGAAAUCCAUAAUUAAAUUUUAUUUUUAUUUUUUUUCAAAAUAAAUUGGAAUCAUUUGAUUAUAAGGAAGAUAUGUAUGAGUGUGAACUGUAUUUUGGGGAAGAAUUUAUUCUGGUCUUUUUUAUAAGGUAAGAUUGGGCCGGCCGCCGGCCUAGGCCCGGCCCAUUAUUACUUGAUCGAACGUUCUACGGGCAUUAGGGUUUGCUGUCAGCAUCUCUCUUGCUCGAAAGCAUUCGAUCAUUCCUUCUCCAAACGCUGCCUUGCUGUCGAUCUCUGAGUUUAAACCUUCAAGGCCUCUACCUUUUGGCUGUUGGGAGGCCUGUAUUGGACUCCUUUGAAACAUCCAAGCAAGUUCACCAACCUGUCUUAAGUGAUUCGGUUGAAUUGAUUUCUGUUUGCAAUUACUGCUGAUUAGAAGAACUGUUUCUGGGUUUGUAAACAAUUUUAUGGAUGUGUUUACAUGAUUAUGGCUUACUCUGACAUCCUGGGUUUGUUGUUCGCGAUUGGUGUUUGGUGCACUGCUUAUGCUGCUGCUGCAGUUGUUGGUACUUUUCGGGUUUUCAAUUUUCUCUUUGCACUCUAAAUUGGUGCAGCAGUUUCAGUAGCUACCAUGGGCUUUGCACAACUCGUCAUUGGCCCAGCUGGCAGUGGCAAGUCAACCUAUUGCUCUAGUUUGUAUCAACACUGUGAAACCAUGCGGCGGACAAUUCAUAUUGUGAACCUAGAUCCUGCUGCAGAAAGUUUUGACUAUCCUGUGGCCAUGGAUAUUAGGGAGCUUGUUUCCUUGGAUGAUGUUAUGGAGGAGCUUGGACUGGGGCCAAAUGGUGGCCUUAUGUACUGCAUGGAGCACCUUGAAGAAAAUUUGGAUGAUUGGUUAACAGAUGAAUUGGAUAAUUACUUGGAUGAUGACUAUUUGGUGUUUGACUGCCCAGGCCAGAUAGAGCUUUUUUCGCAUGUUCCAAUGCUUCGGAAUUUUGUGGACCAUUUGAAGCGUAAGAAUUUCAAUGUUUGUGCUGUGUACCUGCUUGAUUCACAGUUCAUGACAGAUGUUACCAAGUUCAUUAGUGGUUGCAUGGCAUCUCUUUCUGCAAUGGUCCAACUCGAAUUGCCUCAUGUUAAUAUUCUCUCCAAAAUGGACCUUGUAACGAACAAAAGGGAUAUUGAAGACUACUUGAAUCCGGAGCCUCGGUUUUUACUGUCAGAACUGAAUCAACGCAUGGCUCCUCAGUUUGGCAAGCUAAACAAAGCUUUGAUCGAAUUGGUGGAUGAGUAUAGCAUGGUGAGCUUCUUGCCUCUCGACUUGAGGAAAGAGAGCAGCAUACGGUAUAUCUUAUCUCAAAUCGACAACUGCAUUCAGUUUGGGGAAGAUGCAGAUGUGAAGGUUAAGGAUUUUGAGGAAGAUGAGGAUGACGAUUAGGCCGAUAAUCAUACAUUUGGGUACCCAAAAAAAGGUAAGUGGAGUGGCAAGCCCCUGGUGAAGGCCAUCAUUUAGGUUGAGGAUAAGUUUUUUCACGCAAAAAAAAUGUCAUUUUGUGGAAAUCUUAUAGCAGAAUGGAAAAUGUUUAGGUGAACCAGGCAUAUAUGGAGUUUUUAUUUUUAACAUAGAAUUGAUUCUACAUUCUAGUUGUGUAUAUUCCCAAUGGUUUAUCCUCGAUGUUUUCUACA